AUGGCGAAAGAUUUGACGACGACUGUAUUCGAACCCAUCGAGCCCGAGGGCCUGGCGCUCGCUUUGAUGGUGACGACGAUUGUGUUUACUGUCUUAUCAACAAUUGUAGUGGCCCUGCGUUUUUAUGCUCGCAUUUCGCUUGGCCUGUUCUCCAUUGAGGACUGGCUGAUGCUUGCUGGAUGGCUCAUCAACCUUGGACAUAAUGCUGCAGUCAUCGUUCUCUCAUAUAGUGGUAUUGGAUCGCCCGACGAUGUCAUCACGGUCGGCAUGCAGUUCCAUAUGGGACUGUGGACAAUCAUCUGGCAAUUCCUCUACGUCCUGGACGGUGCUCUCAUCAAGUCUAGCAUUAUCUGGACGCUGCUCCGGCUCGCCAAGGGCCUGAACAAGAACUACACGCGCAUUCUAUGGGUUCUGUUUGGCUUUGCCUGGAUUACAUGGCAGAUCUCAUGGCCGGUGGCAAUCUUCCAGUGCAAGCCCGUCGCCGCAGCCUGGGGUGAGCCUGGAGACUGUACCUCGGGUCAGACAGUCAUCUUGAACGUGUCCUACUUUGUUUCCGCCGCCAACAUCUUCACCGAUAUCUCGACCUCGCUUGUGCCCGCCUUCUUGCUUCGCCACGUCCAGAUCCCCCCGAGAUUGAAGCUGGUCACCAUCGGUAUUCUGUCUCUGGGUGUUCUCGCAUCUGUAGCGACAACCAUUCGUAUCACCUACACUUGGGCCUACACUACGCCUCACAACAGAUAUUUCGAGAUUGGCAAGAUUGUCCUGUUGACCGUGCUCGAGUGUGACCUGGGUAUCAUCGCUGGUUCGAUGCCCAUGCUGCGUACUCUUCUGCGUGUCGUCGCUCCCGGACUUGCUGCCACGGAUGGCGCAACCCCUUCCCGCGAUAUCAACCUCAAGACGAUUGGCUCCACUGGACGACGCACUCACAUGAAGCUGACAAACGCCGCGGAGUCAAAAAACUAUGACAAGGACUACCAUUUCCAAGACCGGGAAGGUAGCGAUGACAACGAAUCGAGCCGCCACAUCAUCCACGUUACUCGCAAGAUCGAGCAGGACAGCGUUUCCGAUCGGGGCGUCAUGGAUGACCACUACCAAGUCGUCGUCACAAGCAGCGACGGACAGGGCGUAAGCUACGGAGGUGAUAGAUUUCACUAA